UCUAGAGAGAUCCCCAUUGAAAAACUACGACUGCCUGUGAUAAUGUGUGCUGUACUCGCAAAAGAAUGUGGUGAUCGGAGGUAAAUUUUCUUGGAAGCUGGACUGGGAUAAUUUAGCCGAUUUUCGGCUCUCCCAACAUGGAGGAGACAAAAAUCAUUUACCACAUAGAUGAUGAGGACACCCCGUACCUUGUGAAAUUACCAAUUCCUGCGGACCAAGUGACUUUAGGCGAUUUCAAGAAUGUUCUCAACCGGCCAAACUACAAAUUCUUCUUCAAAUCUAUGGACGAUGAUUUCGGUGUUGUCAAAGAAGAAAUAGUAGAAGAUGAGGCGAAACUGCCCUGCUUCAAUGGCCGUGUGGUGUCCUGGCUCGUGCCCGCCGAUGGCAGCACAGGAGCGCCCUCGGACACAGCAUCGCAAAGCCACAGUGAAGCGCCCACGGACAUGCAGCCUCCCAUGGAACGGACGGGCGGCAUCGGCGAUUCACGACCACCUUCUUUCCAUGCAAACCCACCAGGAAGCACCGACAAACUGAGUGACACAGAAACGGAAUCUGUUAUCAGCUCAAGAAGAGGGAGACACCAAAGUUCAAGGAGGGACAGACAUCAUAAUGAUUUUUCUCGUCCAAAGAGGGACCACCACCGAAGCGGUCAUGGAUACGAAAGCUCGUCAACGUUAAUGAGCAGCGACAUAGAGUCCACCAGUUACUUCGAUUCCACGGACGAUGACAGCAGAUUUAGUAGUGCAACAGAGCGCAGCAGCUCCUCGCGAUUAAUGCGCAGUAAACACAGGAAACGACGGCGGAGACCGCGCAUGCCUCAAGUCCAGCGUGCCUCUUCUUUUAGCAGUAUAACAGACUCUACGAUGUCGCUCAACAUUAUCACAGUAACCUUAAAUUUGGACAAAAUUAACUUCUUGGGUAUAAGCAUUGUCGGUCAGAGCAACAAAGGCGGAGACGGCGGAAUCUACGUGGGCUCAAUCAUGAAAGGAGGUGCGGUUGCGGCAGAUGGCCGAAUCGAACCGGGCGACAUGAUUCUCCAGGUCAACGAGGUCAGCUUUGAGAACAUGAGCAACGACGAUGCUGUCAGGGUACUGAGGGACGCCGUGCACCAGCCAGGGCCAAUCAAACUAGUAGUAGCCAAAUGCUGGGAUCCUUCACCCAAGGGCUACUUCACCAUCCCAAGGAGUGAGCCCGUGCGGCCAAUUGAUCCCGGGGCAUGGGUGGCCCACACCAACGCCAUGAAAGUGGCCGCGUACCACGGUCAAGCGGGACCAGUCAGUCCCUCCAUGACCUCCAUGACCUCCGGCAGCUCUUCACUAACCAGCUCAAUCCCAGAGUCCGAAAGAUUCGAGGACUUCGGCCCGCUCACCAUCAACUCGGACCUCAUCACAAUCGUGCGAGCCAUGGCGGCGCCGGACUCGGGGCUGGACAUCCGAGACCGCAUGUGGCUCAAAAUCACCAUUCCAAACGCUUUCCUAGGUUCUGAUGUUGUGGAAUGGCUGUACAGUCGUUUGGAAGGCUUCUCCGAUCGGCGAGACGCCAGGAAGUACGCCUGCAACCUCCUCAAGGCGGGUUACAUCCGGCACACCGUCAACAAGAUCACCUUCUCUGAGCAGUGCUACUAUGUCUUUGGCGACCUGUGUGGAAGUGAGUGCACCACAGGGGUNNNNGAUGACCCUCCCGAAGUGGACAAGGACACCCUGGCGCCCCUCCCACAGCACUGGAUACCGCCUGGUCAGCUGCCGCCCAACAUCCCCACAGCCCCGCCCCUCGCCUACCAGCCUAUGGGCUACUCUCAGUUUGACACGGCCAGCUACACCAGCUUUGGGAACGGGAGCGUGGGUAGUGCCGGCAGUGGAGGAAGCAGUGGUUCAGGCCACAGCCAAGACCACAAGGAGCGGAAGGGCCGAAGUAAAGGUAGCUCUGGCAGCGAAUCGGACGCCACGUCGAUUAUCAGCCGGUCGACAGCACGGGGCGACUUGCCAAUGCGUGGAGAGGGGUCCCUGCGAGGCGACACACCCCCCAUGUCCGUCAACUCCAUGCCCCUGGGCGGGGCAAUUGCCCCGCCGAUGGGCCAGAUGACAGGUAUCGGGCCGGUAGCGGGACCCAGCCCGACCCCCGCCCUGGCCGGCAGCGCCGUGGGCCCCCUGCUGCCCCCCAUGAGCCAGGCUGUGCCCCCGAUGGGCCUGGGGCCCGUCCAGCACACAGUGCCCAUGCCCAGGCCGCUGGGCACGAUGCCGGAGGACUUAUCAGGCAGUAGGCAGUCCUUCCGGAUGGCCAUGGGUAAUCCCUGUGAAUUCUUUGUGGAUGUCAUGUGAAGG